AAAGCAAAAUCUGGUGAGGCUGUUCUGAGUUAUUCCUGACGCAGCUUAACUGAGAAAGCGCUCCUAUGAGUCGCUUUCUCUCCCACCAUCCCGACCUUUCAUCUCCUCUCACUUCAUCAUCCAAUUCCUACGCUUUAUUCAAACACCCCGUCCUCCAUCUCGAUCCCUGGCUUCCGCAAAACAGAGCAAAACAAUGCAGAGUAAAAUGUUACCGGGUCCAAUUAAGCUAAAGUGAGCAUGUUUGAGAGGUAAAGGGGGUAGGAUUUUAAUUAUCGCCAGCAUUUUCUCCUCCAGCCUCUAAUUACACAGGGGAUCAGUCUGAAAGUUUUUAUAGGUGCUUUAGCACCGCAGAGUAUUUCCUUGUUGUUCAGGCCCAUGCUGGGAUCCUGCCAUCCAGAUGAGGACCGAGACUGAAGUGUACAGUAAUUUCCAGCCGCACAUUUUACUCACUUAAACGAGCACUCAUCUCACUCUCACGCACACGUACAUACAUUAUGCUGUUUUAAGAUGCUGAAUGUAUAUUUCAGUAGCAGGUCGACAGGGAGAUGUGUCUGAUUUUUCACUGAAUCAUGCAACAAGCUGCAAGCAGCCUCCUUCACACUUACUGCUCAGAAAAGCAGCUCUCUCCUCGCUCUCACACAUACACGAGUCCUUCUGGCUGUGAGAGAUGCUCUGAUGUAUUUACAUUCAGACAGAAAGAUGCUGAAUGUUAGAGCGGCGACCAAAGAUUAGUGCUGAUUAAUCUGCGGAUUAUUUUCAAGAUUACUGUCAAAUCUUUUUGUCUCCAAUAAACUGCCAGUUUAUGAGGUACAGCCAGUUUGAACUAAUGCAGUCUAAUUCAACAGUCAGUGUACGGAAGCUGAAAACGGCCCUGCUUGCUUUUUUUUCUCACUGCCAUUAUCUGGAGAUAGAAAACAAAGCGUGUGUUAAUCUGUGUCGAUUUUGGAUAAAAACAAAAGGUAGAUUUCUCAAGAUAACCAGAUAAUUCAUCAGGAGAAAACCACUUUUUCUCGAGACCAAAAAAAGACAGCUCACUUUCAGUUCUCUAGAGAUAAAUUAUCUCUUUAUCUGCCUUUUGGUUUUUUGAGAAUCUACAUAAUUUAACUCGUUAUCAUGAGAAAACGAGCUCAUGACUCACGACUUCAAGAUAACUGCAUUGUCCGAACAGCCAAAAUCUUAAGAGUUUACUUUUAGAUCAAAGCAAGACAUCUUUAUUUUUCAUUACCAUUGCUAAAAAAAAUAUUCAAAUGAUUAAUUAGCCAUCCGUUUCAGCUCUGUCUGUAGCAGGUAGCUUUUUUCUCAUGACAGUGUUACUCUAUGUCGAUUUUCGAGAAAACAAGACAGAUUUCUCGAGAUAACGAGAAAUUUUAUAAUUAGAAAACACCUUUUUUCUCAAGAUCACGUUUUCAUGAACAUCUCACUUCUCCCGUGAUCUUGAGAAGAUAAGUAAUUUUCUUAGGACAAAUUAUCUCGUUAACUCGAGAAAUUGGCUUUUUGUUUUCUUGAGAAUAUCGAAUUAACCUGCUAUCAUGAGAAAACUUUGUUAUCUCGAGAUCGGGAGUUAAUUAUUCGGGAGGGCAUUAACUGCAUUAAAGGAAUAAUUGCAAACAAGGCUCUUGGAUUCAACUGUGUGGUCAUUUUGCAGGCUGCAGUUUGUAGUUGACAGUGUUUCUAUUAUGUUGUCCAUCCCAUUUAUAUCAGUGAAGGUAGGCUAAAAAAUAUAAAUACCAUCACCACAAACAACAGCCUACAAAAUAAUUAUAAAGUUGUCAGAAAAAUAGCGAAAAAUGUCAUCACAAGUCUUUAAAUUGCUUCAAAUUGAUUGUUUUUUCCAGUCAAAAACUCAAAGGUACCAACGUUGUUCCUUAAGAAAUCACUCAAAUGAUUAAUCGACUAAUCAUUUCAGCUCUGUCAGCACCAGGAACAGAUUUACUCCUGUGUCAUGUUAAUGUACAGGCCUAGUUUGUUCUACCAGGCAUCGAUCCUGAUGUUGAGAUUAAAUUCAGAUGUAAAACCCCUUUGAAUCUGACUCCAAACUGACCAGAAGGGAUUUCAGGAUCUCUACACGUGCAGCUGCAGCACUGCAGACACACAGAAUACAAGAAACCUUUGAGGGUCCUCAUGUGUGCAUCAGUGAGUGUGAGUGUGCGAGAGCAUUGUUACAUAAUUCAGCACCGCACGUUCUUUUUUGCUGCAUCGGGAAUGUAACUGAAUCGAAUCCCCUCCUCUGUGAGAUGAAUGUGUUUGUCGAUACAUAUCUAAGCAGAUGGACGGGAGGCUGUAAGCUGCUUAACCCUGCGCUGACUCAGGACACAAGCAAUUUCUCUGUUCCUUAAGAGAGAGAGGAGCUAUGAUCAACAUUUUUUGGUAUAAAAGAUGUGUGUGACUGAGGAUAAGGAAGAUGCCAGUUUAAAGAAGUGUGUGUGUGGUUUUUUAACGUACAUGCUUAACCUGUUACAGCAGGAAGUGGGAUUCAGUUAAGAAGUCUUUGUAAUAAAAGUGAGACGCAUCAGCUUUAUGGAGAAAUGUUUCCACCACUAAGGAGUUUUAACCUUUGUCCACAUCUGGCAUUCAGUAUUUCAUAAAAACAGAGGGAUGAACCUUGAGGUUCUAUAUGUAACAUUCACAGUGUAUCCUCUGUUAAAACAAGCUAAUAAACCAAAUGACAUUUUUCUGGCAUUUAAGGAGACGUAAAAUCUCUCUGGUGGCCACAUUCCACCGCUCCUGAGUUUUCUAAUUUGCAGCUUUCCCUCAAAACCUUGUGUUGUUUGAUCAUCUUCAGCCUCUGAGCAGCUGUGAUCAGUGCACGAUAAACAGCAGGUGUAUUCCUGAUCUAAUCCAAUUUCAACUCUGCUAUCGGCUCUCCUCAGCAGUCCACAUGGUGCAGUCAAUGGAAGAAGGAUCCCGCUCACAAUGAAAGGACUAAUAUUGUGUGUUUUGGCCAUCAUGAUGCUCACACCUGCUCGAGGUGAGGAGAAGGAGCAACCACAGCAGCUCAUGGAGUCGAUGGGAUUUGAGGAAGAGGAGCUUCUAGAGUGUUUCCGUUGUGACCUGGGAUUCUGGGAUGCCUGCUACACAACCGAAACCAACUGCAGCGCCGGGGAGCGCUGUUACACGGGCCGAGGGAAGGCAGCUGAUAGUCUGGACGUUAAGACUCUGGGUUGUGUGAAAGCAGACGAGUGCGGAGUGGAGACCACAGUGGAGCUCUUCUCUAACAACACCAUCUUUGUCAUGACCAAACACUGCUGCGACACCCCCUUCUGCAACUCGGCACACAGACUUUCAAUCGCCACACUUCUGUGUCUCACUGUGGCUGUGCUAACUACCUGGCACCUCACUGAAGCCUCAACGGGCUCACGAUGAACAACCUGCAUUUAUUUAUUUAUGUUGUCAGAACAAAAAGAGAAACACUGAAGUGAUGCUGAAAGGACUUCAACCAUAUGGUGGGAAAAAAAAUCACCAGCUUUGUGGAAUUUUUGUACUGUGCAGCUGACUACUGAAUUAGGAAACACUAAUUAGAUAAUUAUGGGAUAAACAUAUUUAGAAAGACUUUAAUUCAGCCAAGGAGCAAAUCUGUUUGUACCAUAUUGAACAGAACUGACACUUUUGCUAAACAUAAACGCCUGGAACACAUGCAGUACAAUAAAUAAACCAGCUGAAAACAUCCGAUAGUGAACGAGUGAACUGACCACAGAUCUGUAGACACGUUUGCAGCACAACAGUUCAGCUGCGGCUCAGCAGCUCCCCAGCAGAGGGCAGGAGCUCUUCCUUCAUGAAGUGCUGAAGGUCCAAAUCUUUGCCGUCCAGGUC